GUUCGCGGUGGACCAAAAAGCCCACCCCAUGUCGUUUCACGCGCCUCAUGACUCAAUUAUACUCUCGUCAUUGAAAUAGCUCACCCAAAUUCCCUCCCAACUAACAAACUUUAGCUCACCCACGUCGCAUCACCUUACUUCAGUUCCGUCCAUAGACCGAUCCCCGUCAUACCUCAAGUCUACUCCUGACAAAGACCGCCACUUCAACCCCAACAUCUUUUCCGUUUAUACCUUCGUUACUUCCCUCAUGCGCCCUUGUACCUUCCCGUCGGCCUAACUAUCUUUCGUUGGGAUGUAUAGCUUUUUUUAUUUCCAGUCAAUACUAACUAACCCCCGGUGAUCAUGCCCAUAUUCCAGGAUCCAGAUCGUCAGCGGUUCUAUGACCUAUGGUCGGAUGACCACCCACCGAUAAGAGAAGAUGAGCGUCAAGUUGGGGCCUCCUCGUGGGCCCGUCAUCAUGGAGAGCUGGAAUCCUCGGGGAGGCGUACUAAUUUCCCUGGUGAGACAUCUCUAUCGGAUUGCAGUCCAUCAGAUCUGCGUACCUGCGACCGAGAGGAAUUGAUUCAUUACAUCAAGAGCGCCGAUACCUCGGCUUGGGCGCAUAGGCUGUAUGGAGAUUCAAAUGCUGGCCAUUGCAUCUCCCGCACACCGGACAAGACGUCCGACAUGAAAGCUGGAUUUAUUGAGCAAGGCAUUCCUAGUGAUAGCCCGGGUACAAAUGGUCAAGAAUUAGGCUCCCCAGCUGAUAUCCAACGCCCUCGGUCAGCACUGCAUUCUGGCGACUUUCGAGAAGGGGCCCGUCAAGAUCCGCAACCAUUGCCGCAGUCACCGCUACCCGGACUUGAUUCCGGCUCACGUUUCCCCCUUCUGGGCUCUUCCCCAACUGCUCCCUGGUUCACGGCUCCCGUUUUUGCAUCGCCCACGAGACCGCCAUCUAUCACAGUCAAUGUGUCUAAUGAAAACGCAAGGCCACCAUCCCGCUCGCGGGCACCGUCUGUGGGCUCCUUCUCUUCUAGCUACGUCCUAAAGGCGCCGACAAGCCCUCUUGUAUACCAGGCGAAUAAUACCGAUUUAGAUUUUUCUGUCAGAACCGAUUUAUCUGAGCAGCUUGGUCCCUUGGAGAGGGCCAGCCGGCGCCGUACGCUACCGCCCGAGUCUUUCCGGCACCUUCAAUCGUCGCCCACAACCCAUCGAGAUGCGUUCAAUUUCCAGUCCAACCAUUCCCCCGGGAAAUGGAAUGAACCGCUCCCGUUCCAUCAUUGUAAUCCUCGCCGGUCUUUAAACUCGGCGUAUACUCUUCAAUUGGCAUCUUCGGUACAUUGUCCAUCCCCCAGAACCAGGAGGCCCUCACUUGCGUCGGAAAAGUCUUCCAGACCGCAUGCACCGUUGGUCGGAUCCUAUGAAGAAUCUAUUCUACGUGGGAGAAUGUCGAUGAAUCCAUCAAAGCCACUCGAUUUCACGGCGCAAAUAGGGGUUUUGGGGAAAGGAAAAUGUAAAGCGAAUCUCAAGUGCCCGCCCCACGUCACAAUUCCGUUUCCGGCAGUUUUCUACAGCUAUCCCACUUCGGGUAGCGGCCGCUCGAUAUCGGACGAUAACCCCAGUCCUUAUGUUGGCUUGAUAGACUUGGAAAACUCCCUUCCAAAGGACACAGCAGCUUCGAGUCGACGUCGCAGGCAUCAUCAAAGCCCCGCAGGUGCCCGCGGUGAAAUGACAGACAAUCCACCACCGCCGAGGGCCAAUGACCAAGAUUCUCUCCGCAGACGAGAGAAGAGACACAGAAGGGCCGAGUCGCCCAGAUGUCCGCCAGGGGGUUGCUAUCGAAUACCUCAACAGGGCCAGCUCCAAGUGAUGAUUAAGAACCCGAACAAGACAGCUGUAAAAUUAUUUUUGAUUCCAUACGAUCUCAGUGACAUGGAACCUGGUACCAAGACAUUUAUUCGGCAGAGAAGCUAUUCAGCGGGUCCUGUCAUCGAUAUGCCGUUGACUGCGCGGAAGAACUACGGGACUGAUCGUCCCGAGGCGUCCUUGAACUCAUCGGAGGAUCCAAAGGACAAGCCCAUCCUGAGGUAUCUGAUACAUUUGAACAUAUGCUGUCCGUCCAAGGGCCGUUUCUAUCUACACUCAAGCAUCCGUAUUGUUUUUGCUAAUCGAGUUCCUGACGGCAAAGAAAGGCUCCGGAAUGAGAUUCAGCAUCCGGAGCCCCGAUAUAUGCCGUAUAAGCCUGCUCGUGAUAUCAAUCAGACGCAGUUGAAUACGAAGAUAGUAACGGAUAGAGGAUGCCGAAAACCGGCUGUUGAUCAAGGAUCCGUUCCAGCUUCAUUGCCCGAUCUCCCUUCCCCGUGUGGACGAGAGGGCCAGCCUGCAGCACCAAUGCCAGCCAUUGAAGCGCAGGCUUUCUCUAGUAAUUUGAAGGAUGCCCGCUCAGCGCAGCGAGCUCCUCAUCCUUUCCGCCCCAUUCCGUCCCUAAGGGAAGAAGUGCUUCCCCUGCAUAACUACGAUGCAGCCGAAACCUAUCAAACUGGUAGUGGAACGUAUAGUAAACUCACCAAAGGGGACGUUGGAUACGGUGGCUAUCCAUUUAGUCCCAAGAGCUGCUCUGAAGCUGGCGAAAGCCUACUCGCCAAACGCCUGAGAGGACUAGAUGUACAAAAGCAUAAUUCAUCAGGCAUCAAUUAAAGCCAACCAAGAUUGCCAAAUCGCCCGUCGACACAAUCCACCUGGGCCGCUCCACAUCUCCAUCAGUAUACAUCGUCUUUAUUUUAGCCUUUUUUUUUUUUUUUUCUAUUU